CACUGCUGAAAGUUCGCAGUCCCUCAUUCUACAUGUGCAUUCUUUUGUGAGAUAUGUAUGAAAUUAGUGAACUAGGUCCUAGGUAUAUUUAAGAUGCUUCGCGAGUCGAUAUCAUCCCUGCUCCUCGUUCUCCUCUUAGAUAUCAUUCUAAUAUCAGCUUUCGCUAUGGGAAUUAUAUAUCCUGACAACCAGAAUCGAGCAGAUCGGGUGAAACAGCUUGCUACCGAUAUCGGCUCGAUUCAAAGUGUUAUAAAAGACAACCUUCAGGAUGCCAAGGACGAAGCGCUAAAGAACUUUACUGCGGAAGACAGAGAGAAAUAUAUCAAGAUGGUGAAAGCGUUACAUGGAAAGGACGAUAGUCUGAAUCUUGGUCUGAAAGUGUCCGGCACAGUCGCAGCAGCAGCGUUUUUCUGUGGUGCUGGAGCUGCAGUAGCAACAAAGCUUUUGAAUAAUGGUUUGCUACGCAUGCACCUUCAAACCAUCGCAACGGGCCUUUCUAAGGCCCUUUCUGGGGGGUCGAAAGAAGGACUGGAGGUCAUGAAAACCGGCAGCGACAUCAUUCACACUGGUCUUGAAGCAGAGGAGAUCACUGAAACUGUCGCUAGAGGUCUCCAUGUUCUCAAAAUUGCGGCUACGGUGUUGACUGUCGUUGGAGUCAUCCUUGAUGGUACUCUGCUCAUAUACGAGGCUAUCGCAGGGGAGGAACAGCUCAAGGAACAGCGAAAGGGCAUCAAAGAGCUGUGUGUCCGUAGGUUUACCGUGAAGAAACUACAGGAAUGUUUUCGAGAUAUUUCUUUGUUUGCUACAGACGUGAAAGGAGCCGUCGACCUUGAAGACACACUUCGAGAACUCGUCAAGGAUGGCACUCUCACUGAGGGGCAGAUGAAGACAAAGUUAGAAAAGAAAUAUAACGGAAAAAUGAAUCACAUCACCGACAAAGACGUGUGGGAGAAAUUGGACGAUGAAGAUAAUCAGUCUGGCGUCCCGUGGAGGGAUGAAGAUCCGUCGCUUGCCGCCAUACAGAAAUAUAUCGAGGAGGAAUUGGAAGUUUCGGGCAAAGCUUAG